AGCAUAGUCAACAUAGUCCAUUGGUGCGCUAUACUAGUAACGGGAUGCGAUAUAUAAUUGUUUUAAUUAUUUUUGGAAUUGCUUGUCAAAGAAGUUUUGCAAGGAUUGCGCAAUGGAAGAUGCCUAGCGAAGGAAUUCCUCCGACUCCUAAUAUUCUAGACAGUCUGGAAGAUAACAUAAAACCUACACCUUACAUAGGCCCAGGAAGGAUGAACUCAAAUUUUUUUAAACAAAAAAUGAUUUCAGACUUUCUUUGCGAACUAACUCCUAAUUGUGACGAUCUGCUCAGGCAAAUACGUCAGCCAUCUACUAAAACGGAGCUUGAUGAAAGUUUUCUAGAUUCUGAUGAAUCAGUUGGACGUUUUGAUUACGAUUUCAACGACUUGCCUAAGAUCCCCCAACUCGAAAAUGGGCCUGUACCAAACUCUAUACUUCCUGACCAAGGAACUCUUAAUGAUCCUUUGAUAUCAUAUGAUUAUCCCUUCAUUGGUAAGAAACAAACGGAUUUCAACGACAUUGAUUUGAUAUUACAAAAACCUUUGGGGAUGGGCUCAGAAAAUAGUCUCUUUGAAAGUGAAAAUACUGAAUAUGAGAACCAAAAGAAAAGAUUUGGAGACUAUCUUGCACAGAUUUAUUACGAAUACAAUGCCAUGCUUGAGAAGGUCUAUAAGGCAAACGAUUUAAAACCAGUGAUAACCCUUUAAUAUACUUUUCCGAAAAAAAAGGAUUCUGGCGUCAAUGGAAUACGUAUUCCAUUCCCUUACGACUCUGUUAAAGGGAUUAACAUAUAUUCAUACAUACAUGUGGAGAGACCUAAGCCUAUCGUAAAACAGAGAAACUCUUAUAAUUUUCUCAAACAAUCCUCCCAAAACAUGACACGUGAAAGAUAAAAAAUUCAAGUUAUUCAAUUUGUGGAGACUUUAGUAAGAUACAUAUCAAAUAUCUCAAUGUUUUUACCUUGUUUCAUCGUAUAUUCUCGGAUAACAUUAGUUUAUUUUCAAAACAAAACUGUACACGACAUUGGCAAAAUAAAAAAUAAAACAAAAAAAUAAUAGAAAAAGUAUUAAAAAUUAACAACUUAGUGGUUCUAUUCUUGAUGGAACCAUUCGAGAUUUUAAUUUUUUAAUUUUUGCUUGUUAUAUACAGUAAAUACCAAGUAAAUACGAAAA